AUGGCAACAGAAUUGAAGAAAGGACCACUCCCUACAGAUAUUGAAGAGACCGUAAUAACUAUCAUGCGGGAGGAGGGCGUUAGGUACAUAACGGCCAAGAUUUUACGCAUGCGGCUUGAAUCUAAAUACCAAAUGGAGUUUGGGCCACACAAGGCGGCUAUAGAUGACAUUGUUGCGAGGGCUAUGCAGCGUCCUGAAUUCAAGAAGCAGCUGGAGUUGGCGCUCAAGGAGAAAGAUGCAUCCAAAAGCAGCGGAGGGAAGGGAUCGAAGCGUGCCCGCAGUGCUGGAGCAGAGGCGCCCUCCAAAACAAAGAAGGAAAUGACGGAGAAGCCAAAGAAGCCCGCCGACUAUCCUAAGCCGGCUGUCAGUUCUUAUUUACUUUUCGUAGCUGAUCAGCGCGAGGAGCUGAAGGCGAAAAACCCCGGGAUGCAGAAUACUGCGAUUCUUCAGACGUUGGGUAAAAUGUGGAGUGAUGCGUCCGAUGACGUGAAAGAGCAUUACAGAAAGAAGGCAGAGGAGGACAAGGCCCGAUUCCGGCGUGAAGUAGACGAGUACAAGAGACAGGGUGGAAAGGAAUACGGACGGGGAGGGAAGAUAAAGAAGGAUUCCAACGCCCCAAAACGCGCGAUGACUUCCUUCAUGUUCUUUUCGAGUGACUUCCGAAGCAAGCACAGUGAUCUCAGCAUCGUAGAGAUGUCAAAGGCUGCCGGUGCCGCAUGGAAGGAGCUCGGUCCGGAGGAGAGGAAGGUCUACGAGGAGAUGGCAGAAAAGGACAAGGAGCGAUACAAGAGGGAAAUGGCAGCACUACCCAAGUAG